CUGUAUAAUGUAGGCCCGAUGCAAAAAUCCAGCACGAAUCAGCCUAAAAACGCCGUCAUUUUAUAGAGGAAUAAUCCACUGAUAUCAAGCUGCGGAAAUUCUGCCUCGGAGAUAACGCUGAUUGUGCCUAUGAAAGGUUGGAUCAUUAGAUGUGAUCAUAAGUUCUUUAUUCCUCUGUGAAUUGAAGUUCUUCUGGACAAAGUUCCACAGUUGUGCCAAAAUGUUCAACAUAAAGAAAUGUCUUGAACAAAUAAAGUCCCUAGUGGAUUCAUACUUAGAAACCAAGGAUAAUAAAUAUUUCAAACGUGGAUUGAAGGAAUGUUCCUCUGCUUCGCGACGGAUCAAGAAGCGGUUGAAAUGCUGCAGGACAGUGGGAAAUAAGCAGAAACUGAUGAAUAAUUUGAACCAAGUGAUAAGUUAUCGAUCACAAUUCAAGUCAUUACAACGACAAGGUGCUGGUAUUAAAGAUCGAAAGGAAACCGCUCGUGAUAGAGUACAUUGGGAUGAUUCAAAAUCAGCAUUCAAGUCAAGAAUCCGAACUGGAGUCAUCAGCAACCUGAAACAUAAAGAACCUAAAGACUUUCUAGUGGACUGUGGGGCAAUCUUCCGCCGGAAAAUUCUGUAUGAAUUGAAAAAGGAUGAAGCUGUCAAGGUCAAUGUGGUGUUUUGUGGAGAUUUCGAAUUAAGGACAGCCGAUAAGAUUCGAACCGACUCUAAAUACUUCACAACGCCGAACGCUGCUAUAUACCGAGAUACAAACCUGACUGAAUGGUUCAAUUACAAUAUUUCGAUACCUGUCUUGAAAGACGUUGAAGAAUUUCAAGAAAAGGAUAGUGGAUGGGCUUUGAAGCAAAUAAUUAAUCUGAGUGUUAACAUAAAUAAGUUCACUCCUCAACUUGGAUCUUCAUAUAUAGAACUCCCUGCUCAAAUCAGAAACAAAGGAGCAUGUAUAAAUAUUAAAAAUAAAGAUGAAGCUUGUUUCGCAUGGGCUGUUACAUCUGCUUUGUAUCCCGUUGACAAGAAACCUGAACGUGUAUCCAAAUAUCCCCAUUACUCCAAGGUUCUGAAAUUAAAAGGAAUACAGUUUCCAAUGACUAUGAAACAGAUACCCAACUUUGAGAAACAGAAUAAUAUAUCUAUCAACGUAUAUAUUUUGAAGAAAACGGGCGAGAACUUCAUCACACUACCUACCCGCCUAACUAAGAACAAAAUGGAGAAACAUGUGAAUUUAUUAUGGAUUCAAGAUCAAUAUACAGAUAAUGAUACUCCUGUUCGAUUACAUUAUGUGUGGAUCAAAAAUCUCUCUCGACUUUUAUCAAGUCAGUUGAGUAAGGAAAAACGACAAAUAUUUGUAUGUGAUAGAUGCCUACAUUAUUUUCGAUCAAAGGAAAAACUUGAGAAACAUUCGGAGGAUUGUGCGAAAAUCAAUAAAACAGCUAUUAAAAUGCCUUCAACAGAAAGAAAUAUUCUACAAUUCAAUAAUUAUCAGAAUAAGGAGAAUGUUCCGUUUGUCAUUUAUGCAGAUCUUGAAAGCAUACUGAAACCAACUAGUAACGGAAAUAGAUAUCAAGAACAUGAAGCUGCGGCUGUUGGAUACUAUGUUAAAUGUUCAUAUGAUGAUGAGCUGAGUUUCUACCGUUCCUUUAGAGGCCCAAAUUGCAUGAAGUGGUUUGCUGAUGAACUGAAUCAGUUUGCCGAAGAUGUUGAAACAGUAUUUCUUUGCCCUUAUGAUAUCGAUAUGACUCCGCCGCAGAAUAUCGAAUUCAAGAAAGCGACUCACUGUCAUAUUUGUGGAAAAAAUUUCAAUUUCGAAGUAAAGGUGCGAGAUCAUAAUCAUCUUAUAGCAGUAAACAAUUAUCGUGGAGCAGCUCACAAGGGAUGUAAUGUCAACUAUAAAGAUCGACACACGAUUCCUGUAGUAUUCCACAACCUGAGUGGAUAUGACGCUAAUUUUGUUAUAGAAGAUAUCGCCGUAAGAAUGAAAGGGAAAAUUGACUUGUUGCCCAUAACGAAAGAAAAAUACAUUAGUUUCACUAAAUAUUCUUAUGAAUAUUCCAUUAAUUUUCGAUUCAUUGAUAGCUUUCGAUUUAUGGCGUCAUCACUGGAUCAGUUAGCUUCAUAUUUAGUAGAGUUUCCCAACCUGACAUCACAAUUUCCUGAAAAGUCUAAAGAACAUAUCAGUCUUCUCACAAAGAAAGGGAUAUUGCCAUAUGAUUACAUCGACUCUAGUAAUCGUUUCGAUGAAACUUCUUUACCACCAAUUGAAGAUUUCUACAAUGAAUUGGAGAAUAAGCCAUGUCCCCGAGAAAAAUAUAUCAGAGCUCAGCUUGUGUGGGAAAAGUUUCAGUGUCGUACUUUGGGUGAAUAUUCAGAUAUUUAUAUGAAAACUGACAUUUUACUGUUGGCUGAUGUGUUUGAACAAUUUCGUACAAGCUGUCAUAAAACUUAUGGAUUGGAUCCUGCAAAUUACUUCACGUUACCAGGAUAUACAUGGGAUGCAAUGUUGAAAUAUACAAAACAGGCAUUGAAACUUCUCACAGAUAUUGAUAUGUAUAUGUUUGUUGAACGAGGAAUUCGUGGUGGCCUGAGUCAAGUUUGUGGCAAACGAAGGGCUCAUGCAAACAAUAAGUACAUCCCCAACUAUGAUCCGUCUAAACCUGAGAAUUACCUGAUGUACUUCGAUAUCAAUAACCAGUACGGCUGGGCGAUGUCACAAUAUUUACCAUACGACGGUUUUGAAUGGGUCGAUUCUAAUAUAGAUGUCGCGCAGAUAGCAGAUGAUGCUCCCGAAGGAUAUAUUUUAGAAGUGGAUCUUGAGUACCCUAAAGAGUUACAUGAUAUACAUAAAGAUCUUCCGUUCUGUCCUCAACAUAACAAUUCUAAAACUCGAACUCCUUGUAAUGCUUCUGAACUGAAUGCUAAACUCAUGGCUACUUUGGAUCCGAAAGUGAAAUACGUUAUUCAUUAUCGAAAUUUAAAACAGGCUCUGAGAAAUGGAUUGAUUCUAACUAAAAUACAUCGAGUACUGAAAUUUAAGCAGUCUGCAUGGCUCAAGUCCUAUGUUGACCUGAAUACGAACCUACGGAAGAAUGCUAAGAAUGAAUUUGAAAAAAAUCUUUUCAAACUAAUGAAUAACGCAGUUUUCGGGAAGACCAUGGAGAAUGUCAGGAAUAGGGUGGAUGUACAUCUUCUGACGAAAUGGGAAGGACGCUAUGGAACUGAAGCAUACAUCUCCAAACCAGAGUUCAAGAACCGUGUAAUUUUCAAUGAGAACUUGGUCGCUGUUGAGCUUCAAAGACAAGAAAUAUGUUUGAAUAAACCGAUCUAUGUGGGGAUGAGCAUCUUAGACAUAGCAAAAACUACUAUAUAUGAUUUCCAUUAUAACUACAUGAAAGAAGUUUUCGGUGCUGACUGUAUUGCCUUAUAUACCGAUACUGAUUCAGUGAUUUACGAGGUAUUUGCGGAUCCUUACGAGGUAAUGAAGAGAGAUUGUCACGAAUACUUUGAUACCUCCGACUACCCUAUAGAUAAUCAGUAUGGAAUUCCGCAAGUGAACAAAAAAGUUUUGGGAAUGAUGAAAGACGAAAACAAUGGCGUGCCAAUGACAGAUUAUGUGGGUCUUAGAUCUAAAUUAUACACCAUCAAAAAUUCAACAACUCAUGAUGAGCUGGAUGCUAAAAUACAUCAAUGGAAGAAGGAGGAGUAUAAUCCUGAAGAAAUUGAAUCUAUGAUCCGAAAUUACGGUACCAUGAAGAAGGCAAAGGGAAUUAAAAAAUCAGUUGUUAAGAAUAAAAUAUGUUUCGAGGAUUAUAUAGAUUGUUUAGAAACAAAGGAGAAAAAGAUUAUUACACAAAAUUUAAUAAAGGCCAAGGAACAUCGUGUGUAUUCGUUGACACAGCAGAAAAUAGCCUUGAGCUCAGAAGAUGAUAAACGAUGUUUAGUACGUGGAUCAUUCGACACUCUACCUUGGGGGCAUUAUUCGCUCAUUGAUACUCAGAAGCAAGCAGUGGCGUAGCUUGCCUUAGAGGGGGCCCUGUAUCAAAAUGUGUUGAGGGGCCCUAAGGAAGGGUGAAGUAAAAAUAAAAGUAGCAAAAAAUGUUCGAUAUUUAUCUAAAUGAUUUUAUGUAUAACUGAAAGUUCUAACUCAUACUUGGUGCUGGGAGCGAAAUAAUAUAAUAAUAUGCAAACAAUACAAAAUAUUAAAGAUACACUUUUCUAGCCUGACGAUCUCAAGAUUUUCAGGCGCAUUUGCUCACGGGGGGAUUCUGUUGGUUUUCAGGAAGACCUUGAUCGGUUUUCCAGGUUUUGCUCUGGUAGAUACUUUACUUUGAACAUAGAAAAAUGUAACCAUAUCAGCUUCACGAAAAAUACGAAUCCUAUAGAUCAUCCACUCUCUAUUGAAGGAAGAGCGAUUGGCAAAGUGACCAGGGUCAGGGAUCCCGGCGUAGUAUUGGAUGCGCAUGUGGAGCAGAUUGUCGCAAGGGCUUUCAGAAUGCUUGGAUUCAUCUUAAGGGUGACAGAGCAGUUCCAAAUGUGACUGCUUUGAGGACCCUUUAUUUCAGUUUAGCGGAGCACUCUGGAAUAUGCAACGCCGAUCUGGUCACCUUCUUAUUAUAAAUAUGUUGAUAGAGUGGAGAGUGUACAAAGAAAAUUCAUAAAGAAUCUUAACUAUAGGUGCCGUCAUCCGUGUCAACUAGAUUAUGAAGCCAGCUUAGUGCUGCUUAAGAUGUCGACCCUGGAGCGGAGGAGAAUGGUCUCUGAUGGAAUUUUUCUUCAUCGAAUUUUGAGUAAAAAUUUCAAUUUUCCACUUAUUAAUUUUAUAACAUUCAAUAUUCCGAGCGUCAACACCCGACAGAGGACGCUUUUCUCCGUUCCUAAGGCUCGCACCUCAUUGUUUUACAACUCUGUUUUUUUGGGGAUGAUGCGCUUUUAUAAUACAUAUUUGGGUAAAAUUGACAUAUUUGAUGUAUCGAUGGCUAGUUUUAGGAGGAGUAUUAACUCUUGUUUGUUCCGCAUCCCGUAAGAUGGGAUUUUCUGUGCUUUUCUAACUGUUGAAUUUCAUUUUUUUGUUCGGAUCAGAUGUUGGGGAUCUUUAAAAUUGGAGCUGCUUGUAUACCUAUAUAUUGUUUUCUCAUUUUCUUCUUGUAAAAUUCUUGUUUUUAUUCUGUGAACCCUUGUAAGUGGGAUAUUUUCCUGUAAGGGUCCCUAUUUAUAAAUAAAUAAAUAAAUAAAUAGCCUUUAUUUCA